AUGGAAAACACGACCAAUGUCACGGAAUUUAUUUUUACUGGACUGUGGGAAAAUAAGCAAAUUGAACUGCUGUUCUUUUUCUUCUUCCUGCUGUGUUACCUGGCUGUCUUGAUGGGAAAUAUCGUCGUCUUACUGACAAUCAUUUGCAGUCACCUAAUCCAACAACCAAUGUAUUAUUUUCUCUGUCACCUCUCCCUCAUGGACCUCAGCUAUACUUCCAGUGUGGUCCCCAGGCUGAUCAGGGACUUAGCUGCCACAAGAAAAAUCAUUUCCUAUGGUGGCUGUAUGACCCAGCUCUUCACUCUCCACUUGCUGGCUGGGGUUGAAGUCUUCAUCUUGGUGUCCAUGGCGUUUGACCGCUAUGCAGCUAUUGUCAAGCCCUUGCACUACAUGAUCAUUAUGAGCAGGCAGAGGUGUAACAUGUUGAUCUUUAUGGCCUGGGUUUUGGGUUUCUGGCACUCCGUCGCUCUGCUAUUGACAUUACUCAGUUUACCUUUCUGUGGUCCGAAUCACAUAGAUCACUACCUAUGUGAUGUGAAACCUCUUUUGAAGCUGGUGUGCAGAGAUAUUCGCGUUAUUAACAUCUUAAUGAUUGCAAACUCGGGGAUAGUGUCGAUCGUUGUUUUUCUCGUCCUCGUGGCUUCUUACAUAGUCAUAUUAUAUCAUCUAAGGAACCACUCUUCGGCGGGGCGCCGCAAAGCUCUCUCAACCUGCAGUUCCCAUGUAAUGGUGGUAGUUCUCUUCUUUGUCCCGUGUAUCUAUGUGUAUGUUCUACCUGCAGGAGGAGAGAACAUGGAUAAAGAAAUCUCCGUGUUUUACACUGUGAUUUCCCCUAUGCUGAAUCCUCUCAUCUACACCCUGAGAAAUGUGGAGAUGAAAGUCGCCAUUCAGAAGGUUUGGUCGAAGAUAACACACACUGAAUUAAAGUAA